GCGCAGGCAGGUCGGCCGAACUCCCGCGCUAUCCCGAAGCCGGCUCUCGCCUUGCCAGGUCUUUGCCUGGAGAGUAAUGGAAGGGGUCUCGGUGCUGACCAGGGGCAACGCGGGCUCUGCCAAGGCCGAGGGGGCCGAAGCCAUGCCGCCUCCGCCUCCCAUCUCCCCUCCCGCCCUCACCCCGGCGCCCUCCGAGGGUGAGGAGGGCCUGCCGCCGUUGCCCGAGGCUGGGGCCCCCGGCUGCUCGAGCUCCCGGCCCCCGGAGCUGGAGCCCGAGCGCAGCCUGGCGCGUCUGCGGGGCCGCUUCGAGGAGGAUGACGAGGAGCUGGAGGAGGAAGAGGAACUGGACGAGGAAGAGGAGGAGGAGGAGGAAGAGCUGAGCAACUUCUCGCUGAGGCUGGAGGGUGGCCGGCCCGACUCGGAGGACGAGGAGGAGCGCCUGAUUAAUCUCUCUGAACUGACUCCAUACAUCUUGUGUUCGAUCUGCAAAGGUUACUUGAUAGAUGCAACAACCAUUACAGAAUGUCUUCAUACCUUUUGUAAAAGCUGCAUUGUGAGACAUUUUUACUACAGCAACAGAUGUCCAAAAUGCAACAUAGUAGUACAUCAGACUCAACCUCUUUAUAACAUAAGGUUGGACCGUCAGUUACAAGACAUAGUGUACAAAUUAGUGGUCAAUCUAGAGGAAAGAGAAAAAAAGCAAAUGCAUGAUUUCUAUAAAGAAAGAGGUCUAGAAGUACCUAAACCUGCAGUUCCACAGCCAGUUCCUUCAACCAAAGGAAGAUCGAAAAAAGUCUUAGAAUCCGUGUUUCGUAUUCCACCAGAGCUGGACAUGUCUUUACUACUAGAGUUCAUUGGUGCUAAUGAAGGCACGGGACAUUUUAAGCCAUUGGAAAAGAAGUUUGUCCGAGUUUCAGGAGAAGCAACUAUUGGGCAUGUAGAAAAAUUCCUCAGAAGAAAAAUGGGUCUUGAUCCAGCUUGUCAGGUUGAUAUCAUCUGUGGUGAUCACUUACUGGAGCGCUAUCAAACUCUAAAGGAGAUUCGACGAGCUAUAGGUGAUGCAGCAAUGCAAGAUGGUCUGCUGGUCCUUCAUUAUGGUCUUGUAGUAUCUCCUCUGAAAAUCACUUGAAGAUUCUAUGUGGAAGGAAACAAAAUAAGAAGACCUUUGCAGGAUUGCAUCUCACCAAAGAUUUUUAUAAAACAUGCAAUUGAUACUACUUUGUGCUGUAGAAGACAUAUCAGUUUUCAGCACCAUGAAUUAAAAGCAUUUAUAAGUACAACUUGGAAUGAUGAAAUGCAUCUGUCUUACUAGAGACUAUGUGUAAAAAACGAAAAAGCAUUCACAGCUCAGGGGAAAAUUUCACAGCACUGAAUGUUUAAAUCCCUUGUGAUUUCAAGUACUUAGACAAUUGAUUUUACUUCCUAAUUUUUUAGAUAAACCAGUUACUAUUUUCUUCAUUGAGCCAAUUGUAUCCCUUUCAAGUUGCUUGGGAUUCUAUUCUCAAACAGUAUCAUCUGAUCAAUCAUCCUCUGGAAAGACUUUUGAACUGAAGAUGCAAAGCCAGUCUGUGUCUCUUUCAGGCAGUGACCAAAACUGUUGACUACUUUUGUAUGUUGCUAUUAGAUUUUGAACCUCCUUUCUUUUUUUUUUUUUAAAUAAUACCAGCGACACUACUAAAGGUAUAAUAAUACUUCUAAAAGGGAUGAAUUAUGACUAUGUGUCCUGGAGGGCUUAUGAUCUGUACUCCAGUCCUUCAGUGUAAUAAAGAUUAAUAAAUUUUACAACAACAGA